AUGCCUAUGAUUACUUUGAGAGAGCAUGCGAUGAUUUAUGCCAUGAAUGAUAUCACUGACAAGCCUGGGUGGGAAGACAAGGUUUUUGACCAAACUAUCACCGCCAAAUGGAGACGAGAGCUACUAGAAAAUGAUACCUUGGAUAUAACAGAAAAAAUGGUUGACUGGAUCAUCGCUGAACUUCAGUAUAAAUCUGAAGCGUUCAAAACUGAUGCUAUUAUCUCUGCUCUUACCUCUGGUGUUUUCAAAUCCGACUCUCUUAUUCCCACUUCACUCAAAGAGUCACUGAAAGCUGCAGUUGCUCGUCUUGAGCAAGUACCUGAAGCGCAAAAGGACUAUCAUCCCCACAGCAAAAAUCAGGUUCUUGACCUUGUCCAUCCUUCGCUCUUCCCCUUGGUUUAUGGUCGGACCCGCAUCGUUAAAGAUGGUAUUCUGAACAUUCAGGAUGGUAUCGCCAAAUCUGGCACUGGUGAAGUAAUUCCUAUUCCAAAUAAGUCAGAAACUGAAGUUCCAAGUGAUGGACUCGGACCUCCGCAUAUUUCGCAAAGAAUGAAGCACCCCUUCAGCGACAAGUUUCAAUGGCUUCCUUGCGACGUAGCAUUUGGAUCGACAAACCGUCCUGGGAAGGAUUCCCAUGCACAGAAUCCUUCAAGCGAAUGCACCAUCACCAGUUAUAUCAAUAACCUGCAUCCUGACGAGCACAAGGAAUUGUACGGAGUUCUUGAACAGGUCAUUGCCCGCACAAUCCCUCUGUGGAAUGAGACAUUAUCUGUUGGUAAAACUCGGCUUGAUUAUAAGAGGAUUAACUAUACCGAAUGUAUCUAUGACCCAGAUCCGGAUAACAUACCAGAAAAGGAUUGGCCUCAAAGGCUUCCAGAUGAAAAUGAGGAAGAUUAUGAGCAACGUAUUGAAGAGUGGGGAUGGGAAAUUCGCAAGGUAGCGCAACCCGAGCCGGGGAAAUUCGUCCCAGAGGAGAAGGUAAAUUGCUCCGAUGAUGAAAAAAAGCCUUUAGAUGAACGGAAAACUGUCAACCUUCAGAGAGAUUACGGAAAGACUGGGAUACAAGUCAUUGUGAAACUCGCGAAUAUUCAUCUUACUCCCGAAGACAAUAAAUACGAUGGAGGUUCAUGGCAUGUUGAGGGCCAAUUGGUAUGUAUUUCGCUAUAUAUAACCUUCACUUAUUUCUUGGGAAAAUAUAAUAACCCCACUUUGCAGAACGAACACAUCUGUGCUUCAGCACUGUUCUACUACGACAGUUCUAACAUAACUGAGAGCCGCCUUGGGUUUCGCCAAAUGGUUAGCUUUUACGAUGCCGAUGAUGUUUUCUACGAGCAAGAUCAUCGUUCUUGGCUGAACGAAGUGUUUGGAUUCGAGGAUCAGGAGUCUACUGUCCAAGAAAUCGGCAGCGUUUUAUGCAAAGAAGGGCGCCUUGUCACAUUCCCAAACUCGCUGCAGCAUCGUGUACAUCCUUUCGAACUGGAUGAUCCUACCCAACCAGGUCACCGAAAAAUUCUCGCGUUGUUUCUUGUUGACCCAAACACUCGCAUCAUCUCUACGGCAAAUGUACCCGCACAAAGAGCAGAUUGGUGGGAUAGGCUGAUGCCAUUGCAUGGCAUCGCAGGUAAACUUCCCAGAGAAUUAUUCGACGAAGUCACAUCUUAUUUGGAUGACUUUCCAAUCACUAUGGAAGAGGCGAAGGAGCUGCGCCUGGAGCUAAUGGAAGAAAGGAAAGCUGUUUAUUCUGGUCAAGAGGAAUCAUUCCAUCAAGACACAUUCUCACUAUGUGAGCAUUAG